CAUCCUCCGCUCGGCCUGUGUUCGCCGGCCGGGCCGCGGUGUCUCCGUCGUGCUCCUCGGGCCCUGCUCUCACUCUCUUCCCUUCUCGGUAGCGUCUCCAGCAUCCCGACGGGCUUCUCCCGGACCGGACCACCACAGCGGCCGUGACGCCCCUGUGCUUCCCUCCCCCCGCCUGCAAGAAGGGGCUGGAAGAAGCUUUUCCUCGGGGUUGUGUGGAGCGGCGAGGGAGCCUGGGGCAAGAUGAAAACGAUGACGGGAUCAAACGAGUUCAAGCUGAAUCAAACUCCAGAUGAUGGCAUUUCAUCAGUGAAGUUCAGUCCAAAUACAUCUCAGUUUCUGCUGGUUUCAUCCUGGGACACGACUGUCCGGCUCUAUGAUGUUCCUGCCAACACCAUGAGACUCAAAUACCAACAUUCAGGAGCUGUCCUUGACUGUGCUUUUUAUGAUCCUACCCAUGCCUGGAGUGGAGGUUUAGAUCAACAAUUGAAAAUGCAUGAUCUGAACACGGACCAAGAAAACCUUGUUGGUGCCCAUGAUGCUCCUAUCAGGUGUGUUGAGUAUUGCCCAGAGGUGAAUGUCAUGGUGACUGGAAGCUGGGAUCAAACAGUUAAACUGUGGGAUCCCAGAACUCCUUGUAAUGCAGGAACCUUCUCUCAACCUGAAAAGGUGUACACGCUUUCUGUGUCUGGAGACAGGCUGAUAGUGGGGACAGCAGGUCGGCGAGUACUGGUGUGGGAUUUGCGGAACAUGGGCUACGUUCAGCAGCGAAGAGAAUCGAGCCUCAAAUACCAGACCCGCUGCAUCAGAGCCUUUCCAAAUAAACAGGGUUAUGUUUUAAGUUCUAUUGAAGGUCGUGUUGCUGUGGAAUAUUUGGAUCCAAGUCCAGAAAUCCAGAAGAAGAAAUAUGCAUUCAAAUGUCACCGUUUGAAGGAGAACAACAUUGAGCAGAUUUACCCAGUUAAUGCCAUUUCUUUCCAUAAUGUCCACAACACGUUUGCUACAGGAGGUUCUGAUGGAUUUGUAAAUAUCUGGGAUCCAUUUAAUAAGAAGAGGCUGUGCCAGUUCCACCGGUAUCCCACAAGCAUUGCAUCACUUGCCUUCAGCAAUGAUGGAACUACCCUUGCAAUAGCCUCCUCAUACAUGUAUGAAAUGGAUGACAUUGAGCAUCCUGAAGAUGGUAUCUAUAUUCGCCAAGUGACAGAUGCAGAAACAAAACCUAAGUCAACUUAGACUUCUAGUUAUCCUUCUUCUCUACAAGAGGUGCCCACCUGCUUCUGACAAGACUAAACUAGAACAAUAGAAGUGAGAAGAACAAUCUUUGUACUGAUACUGUUUUUAAGAAAUAUUUGUUUGUAUAUUGUACUAUGUCUUAUUCUGUCAUUACUUGCCUCGUUAGAUUAGUGAAACUUUUCUUUUUCUGCUGUUUGUAGCUAAAUUAGUUCAAGCCUGUAGGCACCUUUGCAUAUACCCUUAUUAAAACGUAUCACAUUUUGUAGUAUCUAAUGAUGAAAACUUCCAGUGGUCUCAUAAUUCUUCAAUAAAUAUCUGUAGGUUUUUUGAAAACAAA